AUGGACAUUAUAUCGAGAGUUUACUAUAUAGUGACAAACAAUGGGCAUUAUAUUGAGGUUGACUGCAAUGUUGCUGAGUUCAAUAGCAGAAAUGACAGUGAUACAGACAAUAAUUGCCAUAUGUAUAAAUGCGAAGGAUGCAAGCUGAAGAAGCGAAAUAAAUUUACCUCAUAUUUUAUCAACGACGAAAAUGACGUCGACACUUCAACAGAAAGUACUAUAAAUAGUGACAAUACUAGCACGCUGACGUCAUCCACAUUAUCAACAGCGCCCUCUGAAAAUGAAAAAAAUCCAGAAUUCCAGAGGAUUGUGCUAAAUAAAACAGCGGCUACUAUGGUAGCCCCAGACACUGUUCCUAAAGUGGAGAACUCCGUAAAAGGAGAAACGUUACAAGAAUCGGAAAUAAAUAUUCCAGUAGUUAUACCCGAUUUACCAUCUACAUUAGACGAUUCCCAGAUGUUAGGUUCAGGUCCGACUGGAAAUGUAGAUCCAACGCAAACUGGUUCAUCAAACGUGAAUUCGCCAGCCAAUAUUACCCCGAUAGUACCCGGAUCGGCGACGAGUAUUGGGACUUCGGACACCUCGGGGACACAAGGUAGUGCUAUUGAAUCAAAACCGUCAACAACAGCAACAGACGAUUCCCCGCCAUUGACUGACCAAACCAACACGGAUACGAGUCCAACCUCAGACAACGCACCUUCAGAAAAACCAACAACUAAAUCAGAUACAGCUCCACCUUCAGAUUCAACUCAAACAGACUCAUCUAAAGGAACUCCAUCAACGGACUCGACUGGGGAUUCCCCAGUAUCAAAUACUAAGUCAAGUCCAGAUACAGCAUCACCUUCAGAUACCACGCAGACCGAUUCAUCACAAGCUAAGCCUACAACAGGUACAUCAGACAAGUCUACGGUAUCGAACAACGCGCCAAGUUCAGAUACAGCGCCAUCCUCAGAUUCAACCCAAACAGACUCACCUGGAGGAAAGCCAUCAACAGACUCAUCCGGGGAUUCCUCCGUAUCAAACACCGAAUCAAGUCCAGAUACAGCGCCAUCUUCAGAUGCAACACAAGCUGACUCAUCUUCAGGAAACCCAACAUCCAAUCCAAACCAACCAAGUUCCGACCUAAGUGAAAAAGGCGGUGAAACGCCAACCCCGAAAUCCACAUCUUCUUCUGGAAGCUCAUCCGACAACACAGAUGUUGCCACCGGCAAGACUAAAGUAACAUCAUUACCAGAUAACUCAAAAACACCAUCAGGUGACUCAACGACGUCAAACGACGCUGCUAACACAGACAAUCCACCGACAUCAGAGGAUGCAUCAAAUUCUGCAAAUCCGUCACCCACUGCGGACCAGUCUUCGGACACAUCAGCGCAAACUGGUGAUCAGGCGUCGACAGUAAACGAGGACGAUGGUUCAAAUGGCACGCCUGCUCCCACUGCAGACGAAGUCAACUCAAAGAAGGAAGAAACGGAUACACAACAAGCAAUCAAAAUAACAACAAAAUCAGCCGCACCAAAACAAACCACACCAAAACCAACAACACCAAAACCAACAACACCAAAACAAACCACACCAAAACCAACAACACCAAAACCAACAACGGCAAAACCCACAACACCAAAACAAACUACACCAAAACAAACUACACCAAAACAAACUACCCCAAAAACCACAACACCAAAACAAACAACACCAAAACCGACAACGGCAAAACCCACAACACCAAAACCAACAACACCAAAACCGACAACGGCAAAACAAACUACACCAAAACGAACAACACCAAAACCAACAACACCAAAACAAACCACACCAAAACCAACAACACCAAAACCAACAACACCAAAACAAACCACACCAAAACCAACAACACCAAAACCAACAACGGCAAAACCCACAACACCAAAACAAACUACACCAAAACAAACUACCCCAAAACCCACAACACCAAAACAAACUACCCCAAAACCCACAACACCAAAACAAACAACGCCAAAACCGACAACACCAAAACCAACAACACCAAAACCAACAACGGCAAAACCCACAACACCAAAACAAACUACACCAAAACAAACUACACCAAAACAAACUACCCCAAAAACCACAACACCAAAACAAACAACACCAAAACCGACAACGGCAAAACCCACAACACCAAAACCAACAACACCAAAACCGACAACACCAAAACAAACUACACCAAAACAAACUACCCCAAAAACCGCAACACCAAAACAAACAACACCAAAACCAACAACGGCAAAACCCACAACACCAAAACCAACAACGCCAAAACCAACAACGCCAAAACCAACAACGCCAAAACCAACAACGCCAAAACCAACAACCCAAAAACCAAAACCGACAACGGCAAAACAAACUACACCAAAACCAACAACACCAAAACCGACAACACCAAAACAAACUACACCAAAACCGAAUACGGCAAAACAAACUACACCAAAACAAACCACACCAAAACCGACAACGGCAAAACCGACAACACCAAAACCAACCACGCCAAAACCGACAACGGCAAAACAGACAACACCAAAACCGACAACGCCAAAACCGACAACACCAAAACCAACAACGCCAAAACCAACAACACCAAAACCAACAACGGCAAAACAAACUACACCAAAACCCACAACGCCAAAACCGACAACGCCAAAACAAACUACACCAAAACCGACAACACCAAAACCAACAACACCAAAACCAACAACACCAAAACCGACAACGGCAAAACAAACUACACCAAAACCAACAACGGCAAAACCCACAACACCAAAACAAACUACACCAAAACAAACUACCCCAAAACCCACAACACCAAAACAAACUACACCAAAACCGACAACGGCAAAACCCACAACACCAAAACAAACUACACCAAAACCUACAACGGCAAAACCCACAACACCAAAACCAACAACACCAAAACCGACAACGGCAAAACAAACUACACCAAAACCAACAACACCAAAACCGACAACGGCAAAACAGACAACACCAAAACCAACUACACCAAAACCGAAUACGGCAAAACAAACUACACCAAAACAAACUACACCAAAACCGACAACGGUAAAACCGACAACGGCAAAACCGACAACACCAAAACAAACCACGCCAAAGCCGACAACGGCAAUACAGACAACACCAAAACCAACAACACCAAAACCAACAACGGCAAAACCAACAACACCAAAACAAACCACGCCAAAGCCGACAACGGCAAUACAGACAACACCAAAACCAACAACACCAAAACCGACAACGGCAAAACAAACUACACCAAAACCAACAACAGCAAAACCCACAACGCCAAAACCAAAAACACCAAAACAAACAACACCAAAACCAACAACACCAAAACCAACAACGCCAAAACCGACAACGCCAAAACCGACAACACCAAAACCAACAACACAAAAACCAACAACACAAAAACCAACAACACCAACAACACCAAAACCAACAACGCCAAAACAUACGACACCAAAACCAAUAACACCAAAACCAACAACGCCAAAACCGACAACGGCAAAACAAACUACACCAAAACCAACAACGGCAAAACCAACAACACAAAAACCAACAACACCAAAACUGACAACGCCAAAACCAACAACACAAAAACCAACAACACCAACAACACCAAAACCAACAACGCCAAAACCGACAACGGCAAAACAAACUACACCAAAACCAACAACGGCAAAACCAACAACGCCAAAACCAACAACACCAAAACCAACAACACAAAAACCAACAACGCCAAAACCGACAACACCAAAACAAACUACACCAAAACCGACAACACCAAAACCAACAACACCAAAACCAACAACACAAAAACCAAAAACACCAAAAUCAACAACGCCAAAACAUACAACACCAAAACUGACAACGCCAAAACCGACAACGGCAAAACAAACUACACCAAAACCAACAACGGCAAAACCAAAACCAACAACGGCAAAACGAACAACGCCAAAACCAACAACACCAAAACAAACAACGCCAAAACCGACAACACCAAAACCAACAACGCCAAAACCAACAACACCAACAACACCAAAACCAACAACGCCAAAACAUACAACGCCAAAACAGACAACACCAAAACCAACAACGCCAAAACCAACAAAACCAACAACACCAAAACAAACAACGCCAAAACAUACAACGCCAAAACCGACAACGCCAAAACCAACAACACCAAAACCGACAACAGCAAAACAGACAACACCAAAACCGACAACGGCAAAACCAACAACGGCAAAACCAACAACACCAAAACCAACUACACCAAAACCAACAACGGCAAAACCGACAACGCCAAAACCAACAACGGCAAAACAGACAACGCCAAAACCGACAACACCAAAACCAAUAACAUCAAAACAAACAACACCGAAACCAACAACACCAAAACCAACAACACCAAAGCCGACAACACCAAAACUGACAACACCAAAACCAACAUCUCCAAAAGAAACUACACCAAAACUGAUAACACCAAAACCAACGACGCCAAAACCGACAGAACCGGAACCAACUACACCCAUACCAGCGACACCAAAACCAAACGCACCUAAACUAACUAAAAGACCGUCAAAACUUACAACUCCGGUACCCUCAACUCAUAAGCCUGCAACACAGACACCAACUAUACCAAAUCCAACCACACCAAAGCCAAUAACAAGACCACCAACAAAUCAAAAACAAACAACACCAAAGCCAACAACACUAAAAGCGAAAACGCCAAACCCAGAACCAACAACCCUAAAACCAAUUACAUCAAAACAAACUACAAAACCACCAACAACUCCGAAACCAACCACACCAAAAGCUACUUCACAAAAACCAACACCUACACAAAAACCAACAGCACAACAAACAACAACACUACCCCAAAGACCAGCAAAACCAACAACAUCAAACGUAGUCACAAUGGAGCAAACUACAGAGGUUCAUACACUUUUCCCCGAAACAACUUUAAAACCGACAACACCGAAACACACAACACCAAAACCGACAACACCAAAACAAACAACACCAAAACCAACAACAUCAAACAUAAUCACAAUGGAGCAAACUACAAAGUUUCAUACACUUUUCCCCGAAACAACUUUAAAACCGACAAAACCAAAACCGACAACGCCAAAACAAACAACACCAAAACAAACAAUACCAGAACAAACCACAGCAAAACCCGAAUCAACAACACAAAAGCGACCUACACCCAAGUCAGUCAAAAUAGGUCAAACCACAUUAGCACAAUCACUUUUCCCGGAAACAACUCUUAAACAUACAAAGAACUCACCAACCUCACUUAAACCUACCACAAAACCACCAAUAGCAAACACGGUUACAGCCGACAAACAGAACACGAAAAAAGACACUUUACCAACCACAGAAUUAAACCUUGACUUCCAUACAACCACAGUACCGACGAUCGACUUGAAUCAAGAUCUGCCGGACACCUACGACGCCCCUUUUGUCGAUCACCCGAACAUCGUGUCAGCGGCCUUGAUCGCUGCUCUCUCCUUCGGAGUCCUCUUCUUCUUUGCUGUAACAGCGAUAGUAGGGAAGAGGUGUUACGAUGGGUGGCAGAGACGCCAUUACUCCAGAGUUGAUUAUCUUAUCAAUGGAAUUUACAAUUAGGAUACAUAUAUGUGUACAUUCAUAUGCAAGUACCGUAUGGUUUGUGUCAACAGAUGCCAAACCUGGUUCAACCAAAAUCAUCCACUAUCGUUACUGCAAUAUGAUUUUUUAAAGAAUCGUUUUGCCUCAAAAUUGGAUCAUAAUGGUAUUUGGUGAAACUAGUUAUAGGACAAAUUUAAUACAUGUUUGUUUGCAACGAGUUGAACUUCAUGUAUGUUAUUCUGUUGUAAUUUUAUGCGGUGCACAUUGUAUGAAAUAUGUAAGUUUUAUUUAUUACCAGGAACCUUCUAAACAAAAGAAUGUUAUGAGUAAUAAGUUUCUGUCUCCAUAUUGAUCUCUUAACAUACUGAGUCAUGAUUAAUCGGUGUAAUUGGCCUAAAGGGUCGUGAUUCAACGAACCUUUCCUCAUUCUCAAAUUCAAGAUAUGUUCACAAACCAUAUUGCUUCUGACUUGCCGGGAUCUUUCUCACUAACAGUAAGAUUUGAGUUUGACCACAGUGUCUUACUCUGGAUACUGUAAAAGUAAAACUUUUCGUGGUGUGGAAAUGCUCGUUAUUUUUCGUGCUCAGCAAAUUAACGCAAAAAAUUUCCACACGCGAAUAUUAUACAUAUGAAGAAUACAUAUAUAUAUCAUAAUUAUUGCCAACGUGAAAAUGUCCACACACGCAAUCAGUUUAAAGCGUUACAAUACUAACUAUUCAACACGCGAAAAUGUUCUCCUUUUUGCAGUAUGAGAUCGAUUGCUUAGAUACAGAGCAAGAGCUAGUUUGCAAAUACCUGCUUUAAUUUGUAUGACAUGCCGAUUUACUGCUGUAUUUGAAAGAUAAUUGGGAAUAUCACGUAUGGAGGCUGGGCUUUCCAAUUUACAAAUUAUGUUUUACCAACACACAUUCUAUUAAAUGACACCAAAUCUGUCAAUUUCGCCCAUUCACGUCACGUUUCGCUGAUUUUGUUGUUAGUGGAAUCGUCACAAUUUUCAUCCUCGCGUAUAUAUCUUUCCUUCCUAAACAUGUAACAAUGCUUAAGAUAAGAAACGCUGAAAUGAAUCGAGAAAUUUCGAAAAUUUUAUCCAUUUUUACAGUAUUUAGUUCAAUUAUUAGAUGCUCACAGAUUAAGUUCAUUAUGCGAUGUUCCCAAAUUUAAUUUAGAUAUGUGAUGUUCUUACAUUUAGUUGAUGCAUGUGUUGUUCGCAUAUUUAGUUCAUAUAUUUAAUGUUAACAGGUUUAUUUAAGAUAUGUAAUCUUAACAGAUAUGGUUCAAAUAUGUAAUGUUUAACAUAUCUAUUUAAGAUACGUAAUUUUAACAGAUAUGAUUCAGACAUGUAAUGCUAACAUAUUUAUUUAAGAUAUGUAAUUCUAACAGACAUUUAGUUGAUAUAUGUGUUGUUCAUAUAAUAUGUUCAUAUAUUUAAUGUUAAAUUUAUUAAGAUGUUAUCUUAACAGAUAUGGUCCAAAUAUGUAAUGUUAACAUAUUUAUUUUAGAUAUGUUAUUCUAACAGAUGUGGUUCAGAUAUGUAAUGCUACCAGAUUUAGUUCAAAUAUGUUAAGUGCUUUGACCUAGAUAAGAUAUGUAAUGACCACACAUUUAGUUGAUGUUUGUGUUGAACAUAUUUAGUUCGGGUAAGUAAUAUUCACUCACUUUGCCCACAUGUUUAGUUCAGAUAUGACAUGUUCAGACUAAACGAUGUCAUUUGAUUGUUGGUUGAGGAUUUCUUUAUUUCAAGAUAAGUCGACAAUCAAAUUCACAAAGUCGUGAACAAAUUCCACUGUAUAAAAUAGGAAAAUUAAAUGGUUUAUAUUAGA